UAAUGACAUCCGCAAUGUGCGGAAGAAUAUAUAUCAUAUUGACGUGGCCGACUCGCUGGAACUUCCAGCUCGACAAUAACAAUACUUUACCAGUUGUUUCUGCAUUUUCCUCGUCUCGAGUUUGGUUAUCCUAAAUAUUCCAACAUGGUUCUGCUUGCUGCAGCAGUCUGCAACAAGACAGGCAAAGCAAUCAUAUCUCGGCAAUUUGUUGAGAUGACACGAUCUCGAAUUGAGGGACUGCUAGCAGCCUUUCCGAAAUUGAUGAGCUCUGGAAAACAACAUACAUUUGUGGAAACUGAGAGUGUUCGAUAUGUCUAUCAGCCAUUAGAGAAGCUCUAUGUGCUACUAAUCACAACCAAAGCAAGCAACAUUUUAGAAGAUUUAGAAACACUAAGACUUUUUGCAAGAGUUAUUCCAGAAUAUUGCAGAAACUUUGAUGAGCAGGACAUUGUGGAUCAGGCCUUUCCUCUGAUAUUUGCCUUUGAUGAAAUUGUUGCCCUUGGUUACAGGGAAAGUGUUAAUCUUGCACAGAUCAGAACUUUCACAGAAAUGGAGUCACAUGAAGAAGCUGUGUUCAAAUCUGUCCGAGAGACACAAGAGAAAGAGGCUAAGAUACAAAUGCAAAAGAAGGCCAAGGAAUUGCAGGCUGCCCGUCGUGAAAACCAGAAGUCUGGACGCAGCGGAGGAUUUGGUGGGGGGUUCGGAAGUGGUUCCUUCUCACAGAGAGAUAAUCCUGUCAUUGAUAGUAUUCCUAUGGACACACCCAAACCAUCAUACACAGCACCUGCUAGCAAACCAUCAUCGUCAUCCAGAAAUGCUCUCCGACUUGGAAGUAAGAAGAAAGAUGUAGAUACAUUUGUUGGGCAGCUGGAGUCCGAGGGUGAAAAGGUGGGAGGAACAAAAUCAUCAUUAUCAUCAGCUGUGGCAAAACAGGCCACCCCAGUGAAAGACCAAGAGGGUGUUCACAUAGCAGUAGAAGAGAAAAUUUCCCUCACUGCUGGUAGAGACGGUGGGUUACAGAAUAUGGAAGUACAUGGGAUAGUCAAGGUUAAAGUGAAUGAUGAAGCAUAUGGAAAGAUCAAGGUCAAUGUGCUCAACAGUGACAAAAAGGGCAUUCAACUCCAGACACAUCCAAAUGUGGAUAAGAAGCUGUUCAACUCCUCUUCUUGUAUUGCUCUGAAGAACCAAGAGAAAUCGUUCCCAUUGAAUACAGAUGUUGGAGUACUCAAAUGGAGGUUUCAGACUCAAGAUGAGGACAUGAUGCCCCUCCUGAUUAACUGUUGGCCGAAUGACACAGGAAGUGGAUGUGAUGUAAACAUAGAGUAUGAGCUAAAGCAAACUGACCUCGAACUAAAUGACGUCACCAUUCUUAUCCCCUUACCGUCUGGCGUGGGGGCCCCAGUUGUAGGGGAGUGUGAUGGAGAGUACCAUUUUGACAGUAGAAAGUCAGUACUACAGUGGACAUUACCGGUCAUCGACACCAAUAAUGAGUCAGGAAGCAUGGAGUUCAGCAUCGCUGGUCAUCCGGACGAUUUCUUUCCAGUCAAUGUUAACUUUAUAUCCAAAAAAUCAUUUUGUGAUCUACAGGUAAAUUCAUUGAUACUUCUUGUGUGUAUCACAAUUAUUUUAAUGAGCAGUCAACCUCUCACAAUUACAAUAGUUUGUUAUUUAAUCUUUGUUUGUUUAUUACAGAUAACAGAAGUAAAAGACUGUGGUGAUGACAGUCCAGUGAAAUUUUCUUCAGAGGUGGUGUUUUACGUUGACAGAUAUGAAAUUGUGUAACACUAUCUACACAAUUAUUUAUUGUGAUUAUAUUUUAUUUUGGACCAUAUAAAAGCUGAAUGCCAUGGGGGAGAGCACCAAUUCAUGGAUCAGAGUCUGUGUGAUCCUCUAUUGAUGUGACUCUAAGUCCCCUGCAUUGAAUAUAGUAGAGCUGUUGAAGAUGGCAAACAAAUUUCUAGUUCAACUAGUGCACUAGUACUGUCACCCAAAGCUGUGAUAGGGGUCCUAUAAAAUGACAAGUGGGAGCUAUGGUCAAAGUAAAUUCUAUGAUGGUAAUUCUAAUUUCAAGUUUUAAGUGCUUCAGUUGCCACUGUGUUAAAGCUUCUUUCUCCUCUUCAUUAUUAAUGGGUUGGUUUAUACUUUAUUUUAAAACCAUUAUCAUUCCGAGCCCAGGAAUAUGUCAUUUGUUGUCAAAUAGGAAAUGUAUAUUGAAUGUGGAAGCGAACUUUUACUUCAAGUUUUUGAAGAUUACACAUGUUCAUAACAAGAAAUAAAAUAUUUAUAAAGUCCAAAA